CCAGCGGCAGUCUCAGCGGACGUCUCCUUCGGACGUGAUAUCCACCUGACGCGAUCGCACGCACGGAGUCAUGAGGAGAGAGACGCUGUUGGUCCUGCUUACCGUCGCCCUCGCGGCAACGGUGGCGGCCGAAGACUCGCAGGCGGCCAAGGAAGACGAGAGGACCAAGCAGGCGGAGGAGGAGAUCAGCAAGACGCAGAAGAAGCGCGGCCUGCUCGGGCUCGGCUACGGCGGCGGCUACGGCUUCGGGCUGGGCAUCGGCUACCUGGGCGGCGGCCACGGCCUCUACGGGGGCGGUGAGCUGCUGGGAGGCGGCUACGGAGGCGGCCUCGGCGGCGGAUACGGGGGCGGCUUCGGUGGCGGCUUCGGAGGCGGCUACGGAGGCGGCAUCGGCGGCGGCUUCGGGGGCGGCUACGGCGGCGAUGUGAAGACGGUGACGGUGACGCAGAAGGUGGGCGUGCCGGUGCCGCAGCCGUACCCCGUGCACGUGCCCGUGGACCGGCCCGUGCCCUACCCCGUGGCCAAGCCGUACCCCGUCGAGGUGAAGAUCCCCGUCGACAGGCCGUACCCCGUGCCCGUGGAGAAGCCCGUCCCCUACCCCGUGGAGAAGCCCGUCGCCUACCCGGUCAAGGUUCCCGUCGACAGGCCCUACCCCGUGCACGUGCCCGUCGACAAGCCCGUGCCCUACCCCGUCGAGGUCAAGGUGCCCGUGCCCCAGCCCUACCCCGUCCACGUGCCCAAGCCCUACCCCGUCGUCGUCGAGAAGAAGGUGCCCGUCCCCGAGCCCUACCCGGUGGAAGUGAAGGUCCCCGUCCCGCAGCCCUACCCCGUCCACGUCAAGGUGCCCGUCGAAGUGCCCGUCGACCGCCCCUACCCCGUCCACGUCAAGGUGCCCGUCGACAGGCCCUACCCGGUCCACGUCCCGCAGCCCUACCCGGUCGAGAAACCUUACCCCGUCCCCUACCCGGUCGAGAAGCCCUACCCGGUCCCGGUCAAAGUCCCGGUCGACCGUCCUUACCCGGUGGCCGUCCCCAAGCCCUACCCCGUGCCCGUAGAGAAACCCGUCCCCUACCCCGUGGAGAAGCCCGUGCCCUACCCGGUGGAGAGGCCCGUCGCCUACCCGGUCAAGGUUCCCGUCGACAGGCCCUACCCCGUGCCCGUGCCGAAGCCCGUGCCCUUCCCGGUGGAGAAGCCCUACCCGGUCCCGGUGGAGAGGCCCGUUCCUGUGCCCGUCAAGGUGCCCGUGGAGAGGCCCUACCCGGUCCCGGUGAAGGUCCCGGUGGCCGUCCCGGUCAAGUCGCACUACGACGGAGGCUACGGAGGCGGAUACGGCGGAGGUGAGAGCAUCGUCUUCGGCGGCGGAUACGGAGGCGGAUACGGAGGUGGCUACGGAGGCGGUCUGGGAGGCUACGGCGGUGGCUACGACGGCGGCUACCACCACAAGUAAGUCCCGAGGCACCGUCAGGGAACCUCUCCGCAUCGCCAGUAUCGCCGACCACAUACCUCACCACCAUUACGAAGACACCACCUCGAGCAUCGUCGCCAGUCGUCCGGACGGCGCCCCCACGUCCCUGAUAACACCACGUGAGGCCCGUGCAGACGUCUUGCUGAUCAUCAUUCCUCGCCAUUGUUCCUGCUCCUUGAGUCGCCUCACACAUCUAACUGUCACGCACCCCAUGUCUCUAAACUCUCAUCUGCAUGUACCUGUACCAGUGGCUAUGACCUCACUCCUGGUGGAAUAUUCCUCCAUCUGUCACUCUCUCUGUCCAGAUCUGCUACCCUACCCGCAGAGCUACUCGGAAGACAUUUAAAAAAAAUAAUCUAGUCCGCUAACGAGAUCUUCCGAUGAAGAUGCUCAGCAGUUGGCACCGAUAACCACUUACAUA